UACUUUGACAUGCGCAUUUCUACUCGAGGGGCUAAUUUCCCCCAACCUGGAGAAUUUCUAAAGGAGAGGGACUAAAUAGUCUUACUAUUCGCCCCUGAUGGUUGUAGGUUACCAUGUCGCGGCGCAAGCAAUCCAAACCACAGCAUAUCAAUUCGGACGAAACCGCUUCGACAGAAAAUGGGAUCUUGCACAAUAGUCAAAGUGAAGAGGAUGGCAGUGAUGCUAAGAGGCGACGAUCGGAGGAGACGAGGGUUUGCGAAAGAUGUUGCGCAGAGUUCUUCAAUGAGGCAGAGUUUCUUGAACAUGAGAGAAAUUGCACUAAAAGUCAGCAGGUAGUGAUCAUGAAAGAUGGUGACGGAAGCGAAGUGCCCCCCGAGUUCUCGCAGCGUUCUCCGGGAGAUGUCUUGAGUGAUCCUUGUGAUCAGUCUACCAAUUCAUAUUCAAAGCACGGUGCAGAGUCAGAUGAAAUGAUGGAAGGAGAGUUCAUGUUGAACCAGGAUAACCCCUCAAGUCACGAUCAAGAGGUGUCUGGCAGUCCAGGGUACGUGGCAUCUAGCAAAUUGCAAGACUCUAACGUAACACUCGAGUCCAUGGCUGCUACCAAAGUUGCUGUAACACAACACUCAUCCAGUUCGUCUAGUCAAAAGUCUCCACCCCCACAACCACACCAAGACGCUCUUCUUGCAAUCCCUAUGAUCCUGGAACAGCUGGUCAGCCUCCAGCAACAGCAAUUGCAGCAGAUCCAGCUAACUGAGCAGAUACGCAUCCAAGUGGCCAUGAUGGCACCUCCAAGUCUCCAUGCGGCAGUGGGUGCUGUAAUGGAUCCACUCAAAGCGCUGGGUGCACAUUUAUCGCAGCAACUCUCUGCUGCAGCUGCCCUCAUUGGCAAACGAACGGGCUCCCAGUCUUUGUCCUUGGAAGCCUUGAAACAAGCAAAACUACCUCAAUCCGCCACUAUCCCCACAUCCCUUCCUGGAGGUUUGGGAUCAAUUCCCUUAAAACCGGACUUGAAAGGACUCCCUGAUUUAGCCAGCCGACUUCCAGCGCUGCUUCCCCAAUCUCCAGGGGUCAUGGGAUUACAGAGUCCCUUUAAUACCCUUGCAACAAGCAUGGACCCCUCUAAAAAGGCAAAAACUAAGGUCCCUGUAGUCUCAGAGCCUCCGAAAAAUGUCUCUGUUGAACACUCGUUCAAGCACAAAUGCAAGUUCUGUGGUAAAACAUUUGGAAAUGACAGCGCUCUACAAAUCCACUUGCGCUCGCACACUGGCGAAAGGCCCUUUAAAUGUAACAUCUGUGGAAACCGUUUCACAACUAAAGGAAACCUCAAAGUACAUUUCCAGAGACACAAAGAAAAAUAUCCACACAUUAAGAUGAAUCCACAUCCGGUACCCGAACACCUGGACAAUAUGCCUUCAAACAAUGGUAUCCCUUAUGGCAUGUCUGUGCCCAUGGAGGAAAAUGGUUUUAAUGAGACCAAACCAGUUUUGGGACUUCCCACAACGGGUCCCCCGACAGGUCCCCAUCCGCCAGUGCUCCAGGUAUUCAAGCCCUCAUUUGAUACUCCAGCUGCUGGGGACCCCUACUCCCAGAGACCUUCUUCAUCUGGCAGUGAUGGUGCAUCAAUUUCUUCUGGCAUGUUUGGUCAAGAUAUGACAGGACCGGAUCAAAGCAAAGAUUCCCCUGAUGCACUGGUUGGAUUGCACCAUAUAAACGGUAACAGCCUUCCUGGUGAAAAUGGCUCUGGUACUGCCAAGCUUCAGCAAAUGGUGGAUGGCUUGGAGAAGAGGACAAAUGACCCCAAUGAAUGUGUUAUAUGCCACAGAGUGCUGAGCUGCCAAAGUUCCCUCAAAAUGCAUUACCGCACACACACUGGCGAGCGACCGUACAAAUGCAAAAUCUGUGGCAGGGCUUUCUCCACCAAAGGCAACCUUAAAGCUCAUUAUGGUGUUCACAGAGCCAACACUCCUCUAAAGAUGCAACACUCUUGCCCAAUUUGUCAUAAGAAGUUCACCAAUGCAGUUGUUCUCCAGCAGCAUAUUCGUAUGCACAUGGGCGGCCAGAUUCCAAACACCCCUCUUCCAGAAAAUCAGUUUGAAAGUCCUGAAGCACUGGAUGCUAGCAUGACUGAGGAUAAGACCAUUGACUCCAAUGGGCAUGAAGAGAGUAUGGAGGAACAAGACUUUGAAUUGGACAAUCAGGAGAAGCUGAACUAUUCUACAGAGCACCAGCCUGCCACUAAAGAUGAUCAGACAUUCCCAGGUCCACCAUCAAUGUUUACAGGCAUCACUGCCCUGGAGAACCACAUGAAGAGCCUAACCUCUGCACUGAACCUGCAACGACAAAGCAGCACUGCUUCUGAGAGUGAUAGCGGGCUGAAAGAUUCCCCUUUGGGUACUGGAGAAGUGGAUUACAAGAAUGACCGCAGUCCAGUUGUGUCGGAUUCAGUGUCCUUCCACUCUUUGUCCCCUAUAGAUGGUCCCCUGAGUAAUUGUCAAUCAAAAUCACCAGAAUCUACAAACCUAGAUGAUGCUGUUAAAUCCAGACCAGAUGCUGAUGCACCUCAAGAUUUUAGCGAAAACAAUGGAGCCCUGGAUCUGACGUCAAGUUUUACUUCUAAACCAAUCAAAGAGGAGCCAGGCUUGUCCUUUGCCAGUGGCGAAUAUGGUUCUACUCAAUUACCUUUCAUGAGGGUGCCUCCAAGUUUGGUCAAGCUGGAGAUGCAGAUUCCUCCUGAGACUCCUAUGGGUGCCCACGGCCUGUACAGCUCCCAGCUGCCUCAAGGUGCUGCCACUCCUCCUGCUUCUUCUAGUGCUCCUCGUCGGUCCACCAAGCAACAUCUCUGCAACAUGUGUGGGAAGAACUUUUCAUCUGCCAGUGCCUUGCAGAUCCAUGAACGUACGCACACUGGCGAGAAACCGUUUGCUUGUUCAAUUUGUGGCAGGGCAUUUACAACAAAGGGAAACCUUAAGGUACAUGUUGGAACGCAUAUGUGGAAUAAUACAGCAAGGCGAGGUCAACGCCUGUCAUUGGAUAACCCAAUGGCUUUGAUGGCCAUGGGGAAUGAGUCGAAGAUGAUGCCAGACAUGCUGCCACCCCCGAAGGAUUUGAUUCCCGCACCCAUUAAUUUUGACCCAUCAAUGUGGAACCAGUAUGCUGCUGCUUUCACAAAUGGCCUGACCAUGAAGACCAAUGAGAUUUCAGUCAUCCAAAAUGGUGGCAUCCCUCUCCCAGGAAGUCUGGGAGGUCCUUUAGUGGGCUCUACUGGGGGAAUAACCAAGAUGGAGUCAUCUCAGAUGGGAAUCCCUGGCACAGUUGCAGAAAUGGAAAAGAAUGGCUCUGAAAGCAUAGCAAAGUUUCCACAUUUCAUGGAGGAGGGUAAAGUGAAUUAGAAAGUGAAAAGACUUCCCAGAUGUUCCCAACCAACGGUUUGUGUUGUGCUGAUUGGCUUACAAGCUUGUUUGAAUGUUAGGAACUGGACUAUUUAUUAAUUUGGUCCUUAGUUGGUACAAUCAAUUCAUAUGUGUAACAUUGCUUUUAAGAACUUGCAAAUACCCUUGUUAAAUGAGCCUACACCCUAAAACGGGCCACGCCUUCCUCUUUGGACUCUUACAUGCUAGCAGUUACUUCUAGUUGAAUCUGAUCUAACUACUGUAGUUCUUUUCUUUCUCUCUUUAAUAUAUGCGGGUAUUUUGUCUCUUAUGUUUCUAGAAGUUGAAUGUAAGUCUUACUUGAAAUAGCUUUAUUCCAGAGCAGUCUCAUUAGUGAUCGGACACUCUUUUUUGCGAGUUGCAUUGGGCUCCGCUCUAUGACCCUCAGGUGGAUCUCAGCCACAUGUGACCUGAGAUCUCAAUGUUUUAAAAGUUAACAUCGUGUUCAUCUCUACUCGACUACUCAUGGUUCUUUUUGUUGGUAGGUCAUUAUUCGCAAAGUUACAUCUGUGGCAUUGAUGCCAAACAAAGGUAUUUGUGGAAUAUGUGCAUUGAAGAACGAAUCGACCGUUCCACACAAUCUACUGAAGGCUACGGUUUCAUUGAUGAACAUAGUGAGUAGUUCUAGUAUAGAUGUUUGUUUUGAAACUGGAUUUCAAUUUCACUAAGUUAUUAAGAAUUUUUUUUGACUGUCAUUAUAGUUUCUUUCUGCGCUUAAUACCAAAAAUUAUUUCGCUAAGUGCCUGUCUUGGAGUGCUUUUUUUAUUUUAUUUUAUUUCCUUUUGUUCUCCUUAGUUUUUCCUUGCCCUCACAUAGGAUACCACAAGAUUGUAUCAAAGGCCUUUUUGGAUUUCAUAGUUUUAUUUCGACCAAAAUAUGCUAUAUUUUUUGCAUUUAGCUAUAGCUUUUUCAUUUAAGUAAUUUGGGAGUUUCCAUGCUUUCAGUGGUCCAUUUCGAAUAUUAGAUUGUUUUGCUUUCAUUUAAGACCUUUGAUAGGAGUUCAAUAGGCCAGUUUAAUGCUGAAAUGCCUAAUCAUUCCUUGCACUUUAUUUUUCCUCAUUCUGUUAAGAUCUAGACCAGGCUCAUGCCAUUGUUUUUUUUCUUUUAUGAAACUUUGUUUGACUCAUUUGCUUGCUCUACAGUUUUAGGACCCACUGAGUUUUAGAAAUCUGUAAAUUUACCAUGCUUUUUAUAAUUCUGAGCUAAGCAGGCAUGUAUAUCUGGUCCCAAAAGGAGUAAGUAGUCAUUCUUUUUCUGGGAAAAAGUCAUGGUUUACUACCCAAAUGUGUAUUGAUUGUUGUGGGAACAGGAUUUUGAGAUCGUAGCCAUGUGUUCUUUCUUUAGUGAGAGGAAUGAACUUUCUGUAUGGACGCAGAGUAUCUAAACCAUAAAACUUUACGCUGGUCAAAUUUCUACCUCAUUUAGAUGUCUGUACUUUUUUUUUUUUUUUUUUUUUUUGCAUUGUGUUUGGAGUUAUGGUUGCAUUUGUGCUCCUAUAACCUGCUGAUUUCUGUAAUAUAAUGAAUGUAUCGCCAGACACUUUGCACAACACUUGUUCAGAAUAGGCAGACUCCUCCUGUACAUUCUCUUUCUAAUAUGCAUUUACCAAGUUGUGCCUUUUUUUCCUAGAUGUUAAAAAAGGUGGUGUCAGAUCUUGGUUAAAUGGGGUCAUGUCUGUAUGAUUGUUCAAAUAUUGAGUCUGUUUUAGGCUUGUUUACAGUGUAGACCUUUUUGUAAAUGUUUGCUUUUUUGUUUGUUCCCCUUCCAUUCUGAUAUUUUGAGAAUAAA